AUGCACAGCUGUGGGGCUAGUGUGUUAAUCUCUCCCGCCCACUUUCCAAUCCAACCAUCCAAAAGCGUUGCUCUACCAACGCCAGGCUGGGUGGGUUUUUGUGGCAAACACUUUUAUGCUUUUCCCCGAGGCCCAAGUGGGGUCUUGCGUGAAGGUGGGAAAUUGGUGGACGGCAGAAAAGACAAGCGACCACGAGGGGAAUGCAGGUCAGGAUCAAGUGGAGCGCCCUCGUCUGUCCCGGUCACCAUCGCGAUGAGUCGGUGUGAAAUGGCCGCCCAGAUGUUGGGUUGGGACGCGACCGCUGAUGAACCUCUUCAAGUCGUCGCUGCGAGUAUGUGUCUACAUGUGUGCAAUUGGGGUCUUACGCGGCCACGUGGUUGGUGGCCACUUCCAUCCGAGCGAGCGGGUUGUUGUCUGUAUGUUUGUCUGUCGGUCAAGGGUAUCGGUGCAGGCUUCUCUGUCCGUGAGGGUUGUGCGUGUACAGCAUUUUGUUGGUUGGGUCUUGAUCCCUUCACUGCACGAGAUGGAUUCCCAUCCGGCCGGACAAGACUGCCCAAUUUUAUGGUCAUCCGCAGCCUCGAGACGGCGAUCAGGUCAGCUGAGAGGUGGGCCGGCCUCGGCGGUCUCAGCCGGACUCGAAUUGGUGUGACUAUCGGCCGCUUUGAAGCAGUCCGAACAUAA